AUGUGUGGUUGGAACAUCAUUUGUUCAAGGAGAACUUUGCGAGAUGGUGGAAUAGUGCUAAAUGUCAUGGGUGGGAGGGGAGGUGUUUGGGAAUUUGGAAUCAUCAAAAUUUCAAGUUAUGAGAAGAAUUGUGGAGAUAGAUUCUUUGGAAAUGAGGUUGAGGAAUUGAGGAGUGAGAAGAGGGAGUUAGGUGUGAAGUUAUUAGAGUUGACUCUUAGAGAGCAGAUUUUUUGGGCACAAAAAGCAAAGGUGAGGUGGCUAAAGGAGGGGGAUGUUAGUUCAAAGUUCUUUCAUAGGAUUGCGGAUGGGAAAAGGAAGAAAAAGUUUAUUAAGAGGUUGGAAGUAAGGCGAGGGAUAGUGGUAGACUCAGAGGAGCAAAUAGUCCAAGGGAUUUUUGAGUUUUAUUCAAAUUUAUUUUCGAAGGAUGGGUUAGUCAGGCCUGGGAUAGAGGUGCUUGAGUGGAAGCCUAUCGAUCAGGAAAGUGCGACUUGGUUAGAAAGACCUUUUGAGGAAUUGGAAAUUAGGGAUGUAGUUUUUGAGUGUGAGAGGGACAAGGCUCUAGGAUCGGAUGGGGAUGGAGCCAUCAGAAUUGAAGAUUUUAGACCAAUUAGUUUGGUGACAUCACUCUACAAGAUUCUAGGGAAGGUUUUGUCAAAAAGGUUGAGGGCCUCUUUAGGGGAUACAAUUUCUCCGACUCAGGGGGCUUUUGUGAAAGGCAGACAGAUUCUAGAUGUGGUUCUGGUGGUUAAUGAGGUGGUCAAGGAGUGUAGGAAGGCAGGAAAUAGAGGUCUUGUGUUUAAGGCAGAUUUUGAGAAAGCAUACAAUCAUGUAGAUUGGAAUUUUUUGGAUUUUGUGAUGGAUAAAAAAGGAUAUGGGGAGAGAUAG